AUGGUUGCAUUUGCAGUAUUGGGUGGCCAAGAUCCUGGCAUAGCGGAUGCUCAUCCGUUCAUUGCUUCAGGACAUACAGCCCCACCAUUUCCACUGGUCGUUAUAUGCGAAUCAAUCAUGCAAGCUCAGCAUGUCAUGACCUUGCAGUCUUUCAUCAAUUCACUCGGCCAACAAGUAUCACAAACCAGCCUGAUAGAUGCUCUCUUACAGUCUGAGGCUCUUCAGGCCAUAUUUACGCAUCGCAAACAAUUUUACCCUGUUGUGUACGGUAGGAAUGUUGGAAUAUACCUUAGCUGGGAAGCGGCACUUCAACAAGUGAAUGGACGGCAAAUACAGAAGUUCAAGAAAACCAAGACAUUUAUCGAGGUCGUUGAGUUCAUGCUCACCAAAGGAAAUGUAUCCACACCUGCCCUGCCAACAUUCCUGCCACCACAUGCUGCAAUGUCUCAUGCGACACCUUCACGGUUGAAUAUAUGUGCUUCAUCAAGGACAACUACGAGCUCAGUGCCAGUCUCAUUCUCACUGGAUGGUACUCGCAUUGCAUCUGGUUCAUCGGACAAUACUGUGCGCCUGUGGGAUGCAACAACUGGGGAGCCAUUGUUUGACUCAUUGGAGGGGCACACCAGUUGGGUUUGGUCAGUGUCAUUCUCACCGGAUGGUACUCAUGUCGUAUCUGGCUCAGGAGAUAAGACUGUGCAGCUGUGGGAUGUAGCCACAGGACAGCCAUUUGGUGAGCUGUUGGAGGGACACACUGCAUUGGUUUAUUUGGUCUCUUUCUUCCCGGAUGGUACUUGUAUCAUAUCUGGUUCAUCAGAUAAAACUAUCUGUCUGUGGUAUGCAGUGAAACUGCAGCCAUCACCAGAAUCCUCCGCAUUUUCACUACACCAAAGCACUACCGAAGAACGUGAUAUCAUGCCAACAAACACUUGUAACGAUCAACCCAUUUGCUUUUCGUCCAACAUUGAACAUGCCUUGCCCAAUCCUGCUGACUUGCUCGAACCCACCUCUCAUGACAAUUCCAAUUCAACACCUUUCUUGCUGCAGGAUGAUGGAUGGAUAAUGGGCCCCAAUCACCGGCUCCUUUUCUGGGUACCUCCCGCUUCCCCAGAUGCAUUUUAUACUCCAUGGACUUCAUUGGUGAUCUCAAGAGGAGGUGUUUAG